AUGGACAAAAAAGAUUCACAACAACCCGGUGCUAGCGACUAUAAUCAGAACAAGUCAAAUAGCAAACGAAAGGAACAAAAAGAAAAAUCUAAAAAUAAAUUGGGAAUAUUUAAGAAUCGAAAAAGUAAAUUAGCACAAGAUAAACGUCAUUCAUCAAUUGAUGCAACACUUUCGAGAUAUAGAGUACCUAAUAGACCCGAAAAAACACAACAAAGUCAUGCAAUCAGAAAAUUGGUUCCAGCACCAGAAAGUCGAGAUGUAAAAACACCGCAAACUAUGAAAAUUGUUGUUCAUCAGCCAGAGCCAAGAGUAAGUGACGCAAAUGAUGCAGCCGAUAUUUAUUUACGGACUCACAUUCAUCAGCUUCAUCGUAGAGAAAGUCUUGUUAAUUUAAGAACUCAUGUGAAUCUUACAGACAUCAUGAAUGUGCCAAAAAAGAGUAUAGAAUCGGAAAAAAGAACUAGCACUGUAUCUGAUCGUUGGAGGACUUGUAUAGAAUCUGCUUCAUCAUGUACAUGCAUUUUACAUGGAAGUGCAAGGGAACCAAAAUCUGAUUGGGCAGUUUUAACGCAACCUUCUCGAAUAAUUUCAAGGACAUACAAAAGUCCUCGAUUUCAAUGGUUUAUAGAUCUUGAAAAAUCUACAAAAGUUGACAAGCAAAGACUAUCAAGUAUGAAGGAUGAUACCGAAAAAGAUUUAAUGGCUUUACCAUUCAUUUGGAAAAAGGAUCGAACAUCUAUUGACUACUACCUGAAGAACUAA